AAACGGCCCAAACCAUUAAUAAUAAAAGGUGAAUAAAGAAUUUUCUGAAAGACGAAGAAGAGAAACGAAAUUCGUAGAAAUGAUCUCGGGCUCGGCGACGGCGAGUCAUGGGAGAGUGUUGCUUCCGUCACAAAGGGAGCGACGGCCCGUCUCAACUGGAUCAAAUAUUUUACGUUUCAGAGAAACAGUACCGAGACAAUUCAGCCUGAUGAUGGUGACGAAGGCGACGGCAAAGUAUAUGGGGACGAAGAUGAGGGAGGAGAAACUAUCGGAGAUGAUAGAGGAGAAAGUGAAGGAAGCGACAGAGGUUUGCGAGGCGGAAGAGAUGUCGGAGGAGUGUAGAGUUGCGUGGGACGAAGUUGAAGAAGUGAGUCAAGCCAGAGCAGAUCUGAGGAUCAAGCUGAAGUUACUGAAUCAGGAUCCGCUCGAGAGUUUCUGCCAGGAGAAUCCAGAGACCGACGAGUGUCGAAUCUACGAAGACUAAAAUUUGAGUUUUCGUGUUUUUAAUGAUUGUAGCUAAUCUCAAAACAGAGGACUUAGAACAGAGACUGAUUCUGAUUAAUAAAUCUCAAUCGUCCAUUGAAACCGUUGUUCAUCGUGUUCACUUACACCGAUUGAUUUGGAAUGAAACUCUGCAUUUUGGAUCUUUUGCUUUGGAACAAAACGGUUGUUUUGAUUGUUUAUGGAUCUAACGAUGUGGCCUGUUACUUAAUUGGGCCUAUAAUCUGGAUCCGCCGAGUCCGGGCUUUUUAAAGAACUGGCGAAUAUCAU